AAUUCAUUUUUUAUUUAUUCUGAUUUGCGUAGUUCUCAAUCCUCUUGGAAACAACGAUUCAUCCAUUCACACUCACCAUGGCCGACGAAAGGAGCCCCAAAACGGGCAAGAACGCCUACGUUACUCUCCUAACCCGGCCAUCAUACCUCGCCGGCGCCAUCCUCCUUGCAUUUACCCUCCACAAGCACUCUCCAGACACGCCACUGAUCAUCACCUACACGCCCGACACCGUGGGCGAAGCCUCAUUCGCCGCCUUCAAAGCCGAAGCAAAGUACUCUAACAUUAUCGUCCGUCCCGUCGAACAUCUUCGUCUCCCCGAAGAUGGCACCAAACACGGAAUGGUGGCCGAGCGCUUCAUCGACACGUGGACGAAACUGCGCGUUUUUGACCUGUAUGACUUGGGGUUUGAGCGGCUGUGUUGGUUGGAUGCGGAUAUGAUGAUUUUCUCGAACCCAUCACCACUUAUAUUCAAUGAAGAUAAUGAUGCGUACUUGGAUGGAGGAGAUGCGAUGCGCAUAAUGGCCACACACGUAUGCGUCUGCAACCUCGACCACGACUCGUGGGCGCCGAAGUCCUGGGUGCCAGAAAACUGCGCAUUCACACAUCUCGCCAACUCCUCAGAAGUACCGGAAGUCACCAACUCGCCCGAGACCUUCGGCCAAUUCAACUCCGGAACCUUCGUCUACCGUCCCUCGAAAGCGCUCUCAGACUUCGUUCUCGCCAAGUUCAACGAGCUAGGCAACGCGCGCCUCCGCGCCAUGAAGUUCCCCGACCAAGACUUUCUCAACGAAGCGUUUAAUUCCCGCUGGAAGAGCUUGUCCUGGAAAACCAACGCGCUGAAGACAUGGCGGUACUGGCACCCCAACGUCUGGGUGGACAAUGAAGUCGGCGUGUUACACUACAUCGUCGACAAGCCGUGGGCUGCGCGCGUAAAACCUGACGGCACGGCGGGGUAUUUGGGUAAAGAUGGCGAGACGCACGAGUGGUGGUGGAACGAGUACGAAAACUGGCAAAGUGAACGGGUCAAGCAGAAAGAGGCCGGCCUGCUUGCUACUGUGAGCAAGUACGCCGCUGCCGAAACCGGAGAAGAGAACGAGGAGAUGAAGGCUAUAGGAGGUGGUGCGCAAGACUAUGCGAAGAAGUUCAAGGAUGGGAAGGAGAUUGAUGGUCAGGAUGGCCACGAAGAGUUUCCACAACUGCAGAAGAAGGUUGAGAGGGGGCAUGGGCCCGUCGUCCGCGGGAGAGGGAGGGGAAGGGGCGAGGGAUGGAGUCUCAUGGAGGCGUGAGGUGUCGAGGAUGU